GUCCAAACCAUGAAUUACGUUGGACAGUUAGCCGGGCAAGUGUUUGUAACUGUGAAGGAGCUCUAUAAGGGACUAAACCCAGCCACAUUGUCAGGAUGUAUAGAUAUAAUUGUUGUACGCCAGCCAGAUGGAAAUCUUCAGUGUUCCCCUUUCCAUGUACGCUUUGGGAAAAUGGGAGUUCUACGUUCUAGGGAGAAAGUGGUUGACAUAGAAAUUAAUGGAGAGGCUGUAGAUUUGCAUAUGAAACUAGGAGACAAUGGAGAGGCUUUUUUUGUGCAGGAGAUGGAUAAUGAUCAGGAGGUAAUUCCUUAUCAUCUCUCCACAUCUCCCAUUCUGUCUGAGGGAACUGCUUUAAUGGAAGCUCAGCUGAAGAGGAACUCUGUAGACAGGAUAAGAAACCUGGACACCAGUGCAUCCUCACAAGUACCACCCCAAGCACACGGAUCCCAGCCUUCUACUGAAACAUCUCCAGUCUGUAGCUCUGUGAAAAAAAGGAGGAAAAAGAGGAGGAAGUCUACCCAUAAAAUAGACAGCUUAAAAAGAGAAGACAAUGGAGACACAUCAGAAGGUGAAGACAUGUUUCCUAUAGAGAUUAGCUCAGAGGAAGAAAAAGAACCGUUGGACAAUUCAAGGAUCCCUGUUCCAGAUGUGUUUGUUGAUGAUGUAUCUGACAUAAAAGCUCCUGCAGUUUCUACAUUUUCUCAGUCUGCAUCUUACCCCCAUUCAGAUGGAGAAUGGUCACCUCUUCAAAGUAAGCCUAUAGAUUGCACAGGGCAAUCCUCUCUUCUCACUGUUCCAGCAGACGGAGGCCUAUCUAGCUCUUGUCCUCAACAAUCUUCUCACUUUUCUCCUCCAGACAGCCCAUCAGGUUCACGCCCUCCUACUCCUCAGAGUGACUCAGAAUUAGUCAGUAAACCUAUGGACAGAAGUGGACUGAAGAAUAAUCCCCACAUGCACUGGGCCUGGGGAGAACUACCCCAGGCAGCAAAGGCCAGUUCUCUGCUCAAAGCAAAGGAACCCAGCGUGGUGGAUGUAAAUCCUUCUGAAAGCACUCACUUUCGGGUCAUCGAGAGUUCUCCUGUAGAGGAGUUCAACACUGUGUCUCCUCUGCCUGCCCUUGGACAAACAGAUGCAGCAACUGCUGAUGAAAGUGAGCCCUUACCAGCUGAGACAAAUAAGCCAGAGAUGGAGUCUCCAGGAGCAGCUGAACCACUGUUGCCUGCCAGUGAAGAAACAAAACAAGCUGCAGCUUGCUCAGCCCAACCAGCUGGCAAGACAGAUUCCCCUUCCAGAAAGAAAGACAAACGAAGCCGUCAUCUUGGUGCUGAUGGUGUCUAUUUAGAUGACCUCACUGACAUGGAUCCAGAAGUUGCUGCGCUUUAUUUCCCCAAGAAUGGGGAUAAUGUCCAAAACAAGAACACGAAUGACACAGGGCCAUGGUCUGCCAGCCAGUCUCCACAGUCUGUCGCGAGUUCAGGUGUUGACAGUGGAGCUGAAAGCACCUCGGAUGGAAUUCGAGAUUUGCCCUCCAUUGCCAUUUCUCUCUGUGGAGGCCUUACUGACAACAAAGAAAUAACCAAAGAAGAAUUCUUAGAACAUGCAGUAACAUAUCAGCAGUUUGUGGACAAUCCUGCUAUCAUUGAUGACCCUAACCUCGUGGUUAAGAUUGGAAAUAAGUACUACAACUGGACGACGGCUGGUCCCCUUCUGCUGGCAAUGCAGGCAUUCCAGAAACCUUUGCCAAAGGCCACUGUGGAAUCUAUAAUGAGGGACAAGAUGCCGAAAAAAGGUGGAAGGUGGUGGUUUUCAUGGCGAGGGAGGAACAGCACUAUUAAAGAGGAAACAAAGCCAGAACAAGGUAUGAGUGGGAGUGGACUUACAGGAGAAGACUCUUCACAGAUGAGCAUGGCAAACAGAAUAAAAGAUGAAUCUUCUUCAAGCGAUGAAGACCCUAGAGCUGCCAAACAAAACCUCGGGUCAUUACAAACCAACUCAAGUCAUCUCUCAUUAUUGUCUGCAAUCAGUUACAAAAAAACACUUCGACUCACUUCUGACCAGCUGAAAAGCUUAAAGCUCAAGAAUGGCCCCAAUGAUGUGACCUUUAGUGUUACAACACAGUACCAAGGCACUUGCCGCUGCGAAGGCACCAUUUACCUAUGGAAUUGGGAUGAUAAAGUUGUUAUUUCUGACAUUGAUGGAACAAUUACACGGUCAGAUACUUUAGGUCAUAUUUUGCCAACUCUUGGCAAAGACUGGACACACCAAGGGAUUGCAAAGUUGUACCAUAAAGUGAGCCAAAAUGGGUAUAAAUUUUUGUAUUGCUCAGCACGCGCUAUUGGAAUGGCAGACAUGACCAGAGGAUACUUGCACUGGGUCAAUGAACGAGGAACUGUGCUGCCUCAAGGGCCAGUGUUGCUGAGUCCAAGCAGCUUAUUCUCAGCUUUUCACAGGGAGGUCAUAGAAAAGAAGCCAGAAAAAUUUAAAGUUCAAUGUCUGACGGACAUCAAAAAUUUGUUUUAUCCUAACACAGAACCCUUUUAUGCUGCUUUUGGAAACAGACCUGCUGAUGUUUAUUCAUACAAACAGGUGGGAGUUUCUUUAAACAGAAUAUUUACAGUUAACCCCAAAGGAGAACUUAUACAAGAGCAUGCAAAGACAAACAUCUCAUCCUAUGUCAGACUAUGUGAAGUGGUAGAUCACAUUUUCCCUUUGCUGAAAAGAAGCCAUUCUUCAGACUUCCCUUGUUCUGAUACCUACAGUCAGUUCACCUACUGGAGAGAACCUCUACCACCUUUUGAAACUCAGGAUGUACAUCCAACCUCAUCUUAACUGCAUCUCCAAACUGUUGGCCUCAGCUCAAAGAAUGAAUUAGCUUGUAUUUAAAGGACAGCAUUUGGCUUUUGCUGUUGACAGUUCAGAUGGAAUCUGUGAUGUUAUGAGCAUUGUAUUCUUUUGCUGUGAGCAAAUUUAGAAAUGCUUUUUCAUACUUAGUCACGUUUCCAGAUGACAAGGAGUCCUACUAGGAAUAGGAGUUGCGUUUCAAGCUCUUCACCUAGCUCCUCAAAUUGUGCCAUACAGUUUCAUUAUUUAAGGUCAAAUAAAAGUGAAGUGAUGUUGGAGUUGCAGGUAAACAUGCCAUUGUGAAGUGGUACUGUAUCUUUUCUGCCUCACUGAAGUCAUCUUUCAUCUCAUCAGAAUCCCCUGUAAGUAAGGGAGCUGAAGGUGGUCACCAGUCCUGACAUCAUCUGGUGACACAGACAAGGGCUGCAAUCCAUAUGUCAAAAUUCCUUUCUCUGAAGGAGCAAAUGAUUCUUUCUCUUUCCCCUUGCUUGACCAACAGCUGUUUGUUUAAGAGUUAAUUACUGGUCUAGAUCCUCAGCUGUUGUAAAUCAGUGGAGCUAUCAAAGCCAAUUGAGCUGUGUUGAUUUAUUCCAGCCAGUUGUUUUGACAUGGUAACACUUUCUGAGGAAAUAAAUGAUGUGUAAUCUAAAUAGAAAGCAAAUUAAAUAAGAUGGCCAGAUUCUGGUGGUCUUUCUCAAUUUGAGAAGUCCCAUGCUUCAAGAAUAACUAUUUGGAUUAAGGUAAGUGUGCAAGUGGAAGAUACAGGCCACUGUGCAUAGUGCCUCUUACUGAAGUCAGUGAUUUUCAGUGAAGACAUCUUACCCACUGGAUGUGCUGAGUUUCAAGAUUGUUACUGAGCCAAGAACACUAAGGAUUUUGUCAAAAUGUAAUAGUUUUAUUUGAAACAUUAUUUUGGCUAAAAUGUGAACUUUGAUGCAUCUCAGGUUUUUAUGUAUGGAAUUUUUUUGAGGUUUGUGUCAUAAAGAAUGGAUGCUUUUAAUGCAAUUUACUUCCUCCAAGAUAAUGAAAUCUCCUCUUUCAUCUUUUUUUUUUCCUUAUUUGUCCAGACACAAGCUGUAGAUACUGUUUUUGCUACCUGCUUUGGACUGCCUUAAGACUUAACUCUGCGUGCUAAAAGCAAUACUGCAGAUCAGUUGAUAAUGUUUUCCAAAUGGUCUGCCUUUGCACAAUGCGGUACUUUACUUAAAACAUAGGCAUCAAGUGACCAUGUGCCAAAUGAUCCUCAAAUGUGCUUGUAGGUAGGAAAGAAACUUUUUUUUUUUUCUAUUUAAAAUAUAUUUAAAAUGCUAAUUGUUCUCUGAAACAUAGAAAAUGGCAUCAUGGGAUUCUAUGUAUAUUGUAUUUCAAUAUGGCUAAAACAGUGAUUCACAAGCUGUGGUCUCUGCCAGCUUGUGAUCUGUGAGGCUAUGGUACAUGUUUUGCAGCUGCUUUGUACUGUUUUCAGUUAAGAGUUUAAUAAUAAGGCAGAGUGGUCCAGGAGAAAUUUUAAUAUGUGAUUGUGGUCAGUUAGCAGCCAAAAGUUUGAGCUCUGUCUCACAUUUUGUUCUGUUUCAACAAAUUCUGGUUUUGCAUGUCAAGAGUGAUAGCUAGGAUGGUAACUCUGUAGUAGGGGUUUUCUAACUUUCAGUGCUGCAGACUUUAUCUGGGAUGUCAGGGGGCCAAUUUAUGAUUUCCCUGUGCCUUCAAUAGUAAUGAAUAUAAGUGCAAUCCUUUAUACAGCUGCAGUGUGCGGUAGUGAGCCCUCCCUAAGUCUUCCUUUUCAUAUGAAUGUUGCUGCUUUGGGCAAGGUGCACACCCACUUUGGAGAUACCAGGAUUAGACAAACACAAAGAUGAAGAAAUGCGUGUUUAACAACCCAGACUGUUUAUGCUCUCUUGAAAGUUUAAAGAAAAUGCAGAUAUCUUUUUACUUAUAGACAGAAGAAAUGUGGUGUGGAUUUUCUGAAAGACAAUCAGUGGGGAUUGCAGGUUGCCAAACUGAGAUGGUUGCGUCUCUAAAUAUAGCCACACUUCCCUUUAAGUAUCUGUAAAUACUUGUCAUUAAUGAUUGAAUUAAUGGAUGAAUAUACUAACUGCAUCCUAUUUCAAUCCAUUUAUUAUGCAAAAUAAAACCAAACCAACCCUUCCUUCAGUAAGAGGCUGUCAGUUUUGUGGGUUUUUUUCCUUCCCAGUAAAGAUCUAUCUUCCUAAGGUACCGCAUGCAGUAGCUUCCACCAGAAAAGAUGGUCCCUGAAAGUUCUCCACAAUUAAAGCCUGUGAUGUAUUUAUUUGUAACUUAAUAGCUAAUCCAGGGUUGUUUGUUACCAGUAGUAUUUCAAACCAAAUGAUAGUGUGAAUGAGUGGUCGUUUUAAUUCCGUCAGAUUUUUAAGCGCAGUGCAGCAGUGGUACGGGUAACCCUGAGACACUGCGGAAUCUUCGUCCUGGAGUUUUUCAAGACAGUUAAACAGACUUGAUCUAGUGUUGGCAAUCAUCCGCUUCAAGCGUGAAGUUGGAUUAGAUGACCUCCAGGGGUCCCUUCUAACCAACAUUUCUGUGAUUCUGUGAAGUUAAACGCCUUACUUCUGACAUACUGUGUACCCUUUUGUAUCUGAAAGUUGAAGUAUAGCUGAACAGUGAAACGAAUGUGUUUAUGUAACUCAUGUUUAUCAAAUUUGCUCACAGAAAAGACACUUAUGAAAAUGAAAGUUUUGACCUGCUAGAAACAUCACCAUAUUUUUCAGAGAGUAUAAGACGUUUUGAUUUGAUAGCUGAGCAAUUUUAUGCGUAGUAUUUAAACUGCUUUGCUAAUUCAUGUAGAAGAAAAAGGGGUGGUUUAACAAAUUCCUACUCUUUCUGUGAAAGAAAAAAUUCAACCUUGCUUGCAGUGUCAUGCUGGUUUCUGUUACAGAAAGAAUAUUUGGCUAACAUAAAUAUGCAGACACAUUAAAUCGCAGUAUAUUCUAUUUAUACAAUACACAUAAACUAGAAUAUGCAGCAGUGAGGAGUGACUAAUGUUUAUUUUCCUGAAGCUGAUGACCAUAUUGUUCCAGCUGUGUCAUGUGAGGGAAAGAAUACCAUACUUGUUGCAUUAGUUACAUUGAAGAUAAAAUGUUUCUGCUGUAAUUUGGGGAGGGAGGACAAAGAGGGUAUUGGGUAUUUUCUAUUUGUAGAUAUGGAUUAUUAUUUCAAAGCCUAUUUAUAUACAGUAUUUACUCUGUAUAUGUAUGCGCUACUGCAAUGAUGAAAAUCAUUUUAACACCUCAUUUUGAUCUGCUGAAUGCUACAAGGGUAGAAAUAUAUAUUGUA